AUGGCCUCCGUCCUGCCGACUUCUACGCCUACAUCGACGAGGGUCGAGACAAGUCGGUCCACGAUAACCCGCAAAAACGCUGGCCCGCUGACGACGGCCUUUGAUGCGCCCUCGCGAUGCUUCGACCGAACGCUGGACUCGGCCGUGUCCGCCACGCUCGACCAAGGAGGAUUCGACUAUGCCAAGGACUUGAGCAUCUUUGUCACCGACUUUAGGAGCGCCCACUCCAUCUGCCCGUCGGCGUCUUUCAUCCCGUGCUUGCCUCACUAUAGUAGGUAUAGCAAAUUCCAAGGCCGAGGCAUCUUCUUCUCGCCGGGGCUCGAGUGUCCGACGAGCUGGCAGACGGUGGCCAGCGCGACGGCAUCCAAUACAUCGAGCAACUACCUCUACGUCAACGGCAUCAUCGUGUCGACGCUUCUGCCCGAUGAGAGCGCCUAUGUAUGCUGUCCCAUUGGCUUCGACUACAUAGUGAAUAUCCCUCCAUCUCCUCCCGUCGUCUACUGCACCUCCGCCGUCAGCAAGUUCGAUGCCAUGCACAAACAAUGGUCCUGCUCGGGCAACUCGAUGCUCGAGGAGAUGAUCGGGACCGACGCCGGCUAUGCCAUCACGCUCGCCUCUACUGCGAACGGGCGAACGAGCAAAAUGCCCGUCUCAUUCAUGACCGUCAAGCUGUACGCGCCGACAAUCCAGCUAAACCGCCGCCCCCACGAUGUUCCAGCCUCCUUGACGAUGACGACGAUGACGACAGGAACACAAAACGGUGAUCCACAGGGCGGAAGUGCGCAGGAUUCAGGGCAGGGCCGAGGCACAGUCCUUCACGGAGGCGCGAUUGCGGGCAUCGCGGUUGGCGCCGUCGGCUUGAUCGCACUCCUGGGCGUGGCCGUCGCCUUGCUCUGGAAUCGGCGGAGGAAACGUCACGAGGCGGAUGCGGCGGCUGCAGGCUGGAACAAGCCGGAGCUGGAUGGCGUGGCCCGGCCCGAUCCUAGACACGGCAGGUCAGAACUAGAGGCCAGUGAGCGUCAUGAGCUCGAUGCCGGGAGAGCGGACCAAGUAUUCGAGCUUCAAGAGAGCCGUAUGGGCGCCGGCGGCGGGCUGCCUGGCAAUGUUAACGUCAGCAACGAGACUCAAACGAAGCGGUGGUCAGGCUUGCGCUUUGGUCGGGGAUAG